GCCUUUAUGCUAAAAGUAUGGAAGAUGUUGAUGUCAAGAAAUUGAUAACUGCGAUUGGAUCGGCCCCUGCGCCUGGUGGUGGUGGACCAGUAGGCGGUGGCGCUCCUGAUGCCAAGGCCGAUGGUGCUGCGCCCGCAGAUGCAGAGAAGAAACCAGAGAAGGUUGAGUCUGAAGAGUCGGAUGAUGAUAUGGGAUUCGGUCUGUUUGACUAAGACGCAAGCCUAAUAGUUUGGAAAGCAACAUUGUCACUACAGAACUUGGUGUAUUGCUGUAAAUAGUAAUAAGUGGCUGUCAAAAUAACAUUCGAAUCUGUAACCAAA